AUGUCUAAUGAGCCUAUCGCAAUUGUAGGUAGUGCGUGUCGCUUCGCAGGCGAUACCAAUUCUCCCUCCAAACUAUGGGAGCUCCUCAAAGACCCAAAGGAUCUUCGUAGCGAGAUACCAAAGAGUCGAUUUAGUGCAAAGGGAUUUUACCACAAAGAUGGAUCACAUCAUGGUGCCGCCAACGUUCUACAUUCAUAUCUCGUUGACCAAGAUAUGAGGUCAUUUGAUGCCGAGUUUUUCAGUAUCAAAGCAGCGGAAGCAAAGGCGAUGGAUCCUCAACAGCGAUUUUUGAUGGAGACAGUUUACGAAGGGCUCGAAGCUGCCGGUAUGAGAAUCGGCGAUCUCCAAGGUAGCGAUACAGCCGUUUAUGUCGGUGUUAUGUGUAACGACUACGGCAGCAUGCUUCUUCGCGAUCUUCAGCAAACACCAACUUACUUAGCAACCGGAACAGCAGCAAGUAUAUUAUCAAACAGACUGUCAUACUUUUUUGACUGGCGGGGCGCUUCUGUCACAAUUGACACAGCAUGUUCGUCAAGUUUGGUCGCGAUCCACAUGGCGGUACAGGCACUUCGCUCUGGCGAUUCGCGUGGUGAGUUAAAAUAAAGAAGAUGCCCCCUGAGCUCACUUAAUGAAGACUAAGCUGACAACUAUGCCUUCCAGUGGCCCUCGCUUGCGGUUCAAAUCUAAUUCUGGGGCCGGAGCAGUACAUAAUUGAGAGCAAGCUGAACAUGCUGUCGCCAGAUGGUCUGGGACGCAUGUGGGAUCAAGAUGCCAAUGGAUAUGCUCGUGGCGAUGGUGUUGCUGCUGUCGUUCUGAAGACCUUAAGCGCUGCUAUUGCGGAUGGAGAUCACAUCGAAUGUAUUAUUCGAGAAACAGGACUGAAUCAGGUAAACGCUUGAGAAUCCAACUUCCGUAAAAUCAAUGCUAAUGAAAGUUCCAGGAUGGCGCUGGAUCCGGCCAAGGACUUACAAUGCCUAGCGCGGUAGCUCAACAUAACUUGAUUCGAAGUACUUACGCUAAAGCUGGCCUCGACCUUAGCCGAGCUUCAGAUCGCCCACAGUACUUUGAAGCUCACGGGACUGGAACUCCAGCAGGAGACCCAGUGGAAGCUGAGGCCAUCAACAAUGCAUUUUUUGCCCCAGAUGUCACGGAGAACAUAUCACAUGACCCUCUAUACGUUGGCUCUAUAAAAACGGUCCUAGGGCAUACAGAAGGAACAGCAGGUGUGGCAGCCAUUAUGAAGGCGUCGCUGGCUUUGCAGAACUCGCUUAUUCCUCCAAACAUGCUUUUUAACAAGCUGAGUGAACGCGUUCGGCAAUUUUACGGACCGUUAGAAAUCCUUAAAUCUGCUAAGCCAUGGCCUGGUAGCAGAGAUCUAGGAUCGAGUCCAGUUCGAAGAGCAAGUGUCAAUAGUUUCGGUUUCGGCGGUGCAAACGCCCAUGCAAUUCUUGAGAGUUACGAUAAUAGCACGCCAAGGACUACAGCCUCGGAGUCCACUAUUUACACCCCAUUCGUGUUUUCCGCAACCUCAGAACGAUCUCUCAAGGCCAGUCUUUCGUCAUAUUCGACAUUCCUCGAAAAUAAUACGUCACUUAACGCCCGUGACCUAGCCUUCACCCUGCGGCAGCGUCGAUCAGCUUUCGGAUACAGAGCUGCAAUCACGGCCACGUCUGUCGAUGAUCUUCGAUCCAAGGUGAAUGCUAAAUUGACUGAGAAAGAGGCCCCGAUCGGAAUCAGAGCGUUACCAGCAAGGAGUUCAAAGAAGAUUCUGGGAGUAUUCACUGGCCAGGGAGCUCAAUAUGCCCGCAUGGGUGCUGAGUUGAUUGAGAAAUCGGUGGUGGCUGGGGAGAUCAUCGACGAGUUGGAGAGGCAUCUAGCUCAAUUGCCAACAGAAGACCGUCCUGCUUGGUCUCUCAGGGGUGAGAUCCUCGCUGAUUCUUCAAAGACCCGCACCGGUGAGGCUGCCAUUUCACAGCCACUGUGUACUGCAAUCCAAAUCAUGUUGGUUGAUCUCCUUCGCUUAGCGAAUGUCAACUUGGAUAUAGUCGUUGGUCACUCAUCAGGCGAAAUUGCAGCAGCUUACGCGGCUGGCGUUUUGAGUGCUCGAGACGCCAUCCGUGUUGCUUACUACCGUGGUCUGCAUCUGAAAUCGGCUGCAAGUCCUAAUGGGGCUAGUAUUAAGGGUGUUAUGCUUGCAGUCGGAACCUCGAUGGAAGAUAUGAACGAGCUUUGCGCAGACGAGACCUUCACUGGUCGGAUAGGUAUCGCCGCUUGCAACUCUUCAUCCAGCGUCACAAUUUCGGGAGACGAGGAUGCGAUUGCUGAGCUUCAGGAAAUUCUCGAAGACGAGAAGAAAUUCAAUCGUCUUCUCAAAGUCGACAAAGCAUAUCAUUCUAACCAUAUGCUUCCAUGUUUCAGCCCCUACGUUGCGUCAUUGCAAAGGUGUGGUGUAAAGGCCCAAACACCUUCGGAAUCCUGCACUUGGGUUUCCAGCGUGUACGAAAUGCAGGUUGAUUCUUCACUGCAGCUAAGUAGCACAUACUGGGCUGAAAAUAUGACACGCCCAGUCUUAUUCUCCCAAGCACUCAGCAAGGCACUGAAAGAUGGCGCAGAGCCGGACAUCAUCCUCGAAAUUGGUCCUCACCCAGCUCUCAAAGGUCCCGCCACUACCACCAUCUCAGACGUUCUCGAGAAAGAACUUCCAUACUCCGGUAUCCUUUCUCGUGGAACCGACGCCGUUGAAGCCUCUUCUAAUGGAUUUGGAUUCUUAUGGUCAUAUCUUAGCAAUGCCUCUGUCAACAUGGACAGCUAUGAGAAGGCCAUGACAGGUCAAGAGGCCUUUAGUGUUAUCAAAGACUUGCCAACAUACCAAUGGAACCACGACCAGAAAUACUGGCAUGAGUCCCGAAUCUCUCGCAAGAUGCGUCUCCGAAAAGAUCCGGUUCACACACUUCUGGGAGAAGCCUCACCGGACAGCGCAACCCACAGCCUCAGCUGGAGAAAUCUGCUUCGCAAGAGCGAGAUGGAAUGGCUUUCGGGUCAUCAAGUUCAGAGCCAGACCAUCUUCCCAGCUGCAGGUUACAUUUCUACAGCAACGGAGGCAUCACGGUUCAUGGCCGAGGAAAAGCCAAUCAAGCUCAUUGAAAUCAAAGACUUUAUCAUCCACCAAGCCGUUGUAUUCCAGGAGGAUGAUUCAGGAGUCGAAGUGCUGAUCUCGCUAGCCGAGAUCACUAAGACGCGGCCAGAUUGUAUCAUAGCCAAGUUCACGUAUUCAGCUGCUCUUGGAGCGCAGCCGGAUGACUUAACGCUGGCUGCAAGUGGAGACAUCGAAAUAUCUCUGGGAGAGCCGUCACCAAACCUGCUUCCCGAGCGUAAGCCGACGCUUCCCCACAUGAUCGACGUCGAGCCCGAGGGAUUCUAUGGCGCUCUUGCCCAAAUUGGCUAUGAAUUCAGUGGUCGAUUCCGCUCGCUUUCUGAUCUUCGACGCCGUCAUGGCAAGGCUUCUUGCUUGAUUAAGAUGCCAGUUCCAGCCUUGGGUGAUGAAACUCUACUCGUUCAUCCUGCAGAACUCGAUGCUGCCUUCCAAUCUGUCAUACUCGCUUACAGCUAUCCCAACGAUGAGCGCAUCCGUUCUCUGCACCUCCCAACAAUCUUUCAAAACAUCAGGAUCAACCCUUCUCUUUGCGGAACCAACGGCAGGACUGAGGAUGAGUUCUUUCCGGUUGAUGCGGCCGUAUCUCCGCCAGAUGGAGGGAAGGGGAUUGUUGGUAAUGUCAACCUGUACAACAACUCAUACUCCAACAUUGCAAUUCAAGUUCAGGGAGCCAGACUGGUGCCCCUUGGAGGUGCCACUGCAAUCAAUGACAGAAGAGUCUUCAGCAAGGUCCACUGGGUCAGCAACAAACCAGUCGGUAUUGAGGCAGCUUGCGAUACUCUGGUCACCCCAACUCAUACCAAUACCGUCGCUGCUCUGGAGCGAAUUUCGACUUUCUAUCUCAGAAGGUUUGACAAAUUGGUUCCUGAAAAUGAUCCCUUAAGAACCACACGCCCAACAAGCUGUUACUUGAACUUUGCUCGUCACGUCACUAAGCUUGUGGAAAGCGGCAAGCAUCCAUACGCCACCAAGGCGUGGUUGGGGGAUACCCUCGAGGAUAUCUUGGAGAGCACCAAAGAAUUUGCUCACCUACCAGACGCUCGAAUAAUGCAUCUAGUCGGCGAGCAAAUGCCACGAGUUUUCAAGGGGGAGACCACUAUCUUGGAAGAAUUCCGAGCUACGUCUAUUCUUGAUGACUACUAUGCGCACGGCUUCGGUCUUGAGGAAUCUGCCAAAUGGCUCGGCCGAACAGUCAAGCAAAUCACUGACCGUUACCCACAUAUGAACAUGCUUGAAGUCGGUGCUGGUACUGGUGGAGCAACUAAAAGUAUCUUCAACUCAAUUGGAUCAAGCUUUCUCUCAUACACCUUCACUGAUAUCUCUGCGGCUUUCUUCGAGAAUGCUUCUUCAGUAUUCCACAUGGACAAGAUGAUCUUCAAGGUUCUCAACGCCGAGAACGAUCCUAUAGAGCAAGGUUAUAAAGAGGGUGCGUACGAUUUGGUUGUCGCGUUCUUUGUCAUACAUGCUUGCAGCAAACUUGAUGUCGCCCUUCGCAACCUUCGCAGACUCUUGAAGCCUGGUGGAAUGCUUGUUGUUGGUGAAGGAAGCCACAACAACCAGACCAGUGCAUCUAGUGGUUUUAUCUUCGGUACUCUUCCAGGUUGGUGGUAUGGAGUUGACGAGGGCCGGACAUUGUCUCCCUUGGUUACUACAGAAGAAUGGGAUGUGCUUCUCAAGAAUACUGGCUUCUCUGGCGUCGACUCAACCCCUCCGUCAGAAUUUACUGAUGUUUUCUGCACCAAUCUGUUUGUUUCUCAGGCAGUUGAUGAGACAGUGAAUUUCCUUCGAGAGCCACUUGCAGCCCCAGCUACCACUCCAAUUGAGAAACUGGUCAUUGUCGGAGGAGAGACAGAGCGCAGUAUUCAUCUUGUAAACGGUCUGAAGAUACACCUCGGACCUCUCUCCAGGUCACUCAUCUCCUACAAGACAUUGACCGAUGUCGACUACUCGAUCUUGAAUUCCAAGACAACCGUUGUCAGCUUGACGGAGCUCGAUGCACCAGUUUUCAAAGACAUCACGCCUAAGACUUUCGAUGCAGUUAAGAAGAUGUUUGAGGAAGGUAAAACUAUGCUCUGGGUCUCCAGUGGUCGACGAGACGACGAACCGUGGUCUAACAUGCCUGUUGGAUUCGGCCGUACAGCCAUGCACGAGAAUUCUGAGCUUUGCCUCCAGCACUUGGACAUUCCAGAUCCUCUUAAAGCUGACUCUUCCACCAUCGCUGAGACAGUGCUUCGCUUCCAAGCAAAGAUCCCAGACAAUGUCCUCUGGACUGAAGAGCCCGAGAUUGUUCUCGAAGAAAGCGGUAAGCAAUUGGUGCCUCGUCUUCGACCCAUUAAUGCUUUGAAUGACCGCUACAACUCUGCACGCCGACCUAUUAUUCAUGAAAUCGAUGUCAGCAAGUCGCCUGUUACCAUACAACUCGGCUAUAAUGGUUGUACAAUGAAGGAAAUUUCCAAGUAUGAAACAACUGAGCCUACGGAGACUUUGGUCGAGUUGCGAGCAACACACUCAGUUUUGUCUGCCCUCAAGACUGCUUUUGGUCAUAAGUUCCUCAUCCUUGGUGUUGACAACACUGGUGUCAAGUACAUCGCUCUCGUUGAUACAUUGGCAUCAGUCCACAAAGUUCCAGCAAAGUCCGCCGUUCGUGUCCCAGACUCUUUCAAAGAAUCGAUGCUUGCAGUUACGGGGAGUCACUUACUCGCUAUGUUCAUGCUCGACACAAUGUAUACUGGGCAAAAGCUCGCUAUUCACAAUGCCACAACCAUGUUAGCCGAUGCUAUCGCAGCCCAGGCCUCCGCGAAAGACGUUGAAGUUGUAUGGACAACAGACGUGGCAGAUGCCUCAACUCCAAGUAAGAAUAUUCUGUCUUAGCCUUCUCUUCUUGUCACAAUUAAUUCAUUCUACAUGAACGAUUUGCCCCAUUUACUCAAAGCCCUUGAUACGCUCAAAAAGAGACAAUUACUGACCGGCUUACUUUCUAGUCUCCUGGACCAAGCUCAUCCCAUAUUCAAGCUCAUUGGAGCUCAGUCAGAUCGUCGAACCUGACACCUCCUGUUUCGUUGGACUCUCUAAGCAUCACAUCCAGAGAUCCGAGAACGAGUUCACGAUUGCGUCAAGCCUUCCCCAGACUUGCCGCAAGGAGUCCCAGAAGACACUGUUUUCUUCAAUUGGCAACAAGAGCAAAUCUUCCGCUUCUGCGAUCCUUGGCCAGACGCUUUGGAGGGCACUUGACAAUGUCCUUGGGUACACGAAUCAAGAGCAGCGUGAUCUGCCAACAAGUGUUAUAUCUCUUGAAGCUGUCUCACGUGGCGAGCGUCCAACAGAGCCGAUGACGAUAAUUGACUUCACUACUGCAAGCUUGUUGCCCGUCCAAAUCACCAGAGUUGAUGACAAGCCCAUGUUCAAGGACAAUAAGUCCUAUUGGGUUGUUGGUCUCUCUGGCGCGCUCGGUGUCUCGCUCAUCGACUGGAUGGUUGACCGUGGAGCUAAGAACGUCGUUUUGACCAGCAGAAAGCCUCAAAUUGAGGCAUCUUGGCUUGCGACUCACAAGAGCAAUGGCGGUAUCAUCACCAUAUUGCCAUGGUAAGUUCAUCAUUUAACCCUUCAUCCCUCUUUUUGUUCCUUGCUGUGAGACCCGUCAUCGUACCGAUAUGAAGGCUGGAGGGCGAUUUAUGCGCUGUAAAAUUUCGAGACAUUCACUUGAAGAGUUCGGCAUAUUUGUUGUAAGCUCUCGCUAACUUCUCCCUAGCGAUGUGACCAACGAACCGGGCAUGAAAGCAGUUCAUAAAACCAUCUGCGAUACCCUCCCUCCAAUCGCCGGUUGCUUGAACGGUGCCAUGGUCUUGAACGACACUGCCAUCCGCAAUAUGUCAUUUGAGCAACUCAUGAACGUCGUCAAGCCAAAGGUCUUCGGAAGUAUCAUUCUGGACAACAUUUUCAAAACGAUCAAUCUCGACUUCUUCAUUCUCGUCUCUUCCAUCAACUGCGUCGUUGGAAACCUGGGCCAAGCAAAUUACGCUGCAGCCAACACAUUCUUGUGCUCUCUCGCAGCUCAACGCAGAAAGCGUGGUCUCAAUGGAUCGGCUGUGAAUGUUGGUGCUAUAAUCGGCGCUGGAUAUAUGGAGCGAGAGUCGAGAAGAGCCUUGGAUUUGAUCGUCCAGAAGAUCUCGCUCAUGCAUCUUUCCGAAGAAGACUGGCAUCAAAUCUUCGCAGAGGCUAUAGACGUUGGCUUCCUUGGCUCGGAACAUGGACCUGAGAUCACGACUGGUCUUUCUGACAUCCCGGCUGAUGCACCAAAUGCCCCUAAUUGGUUCAUGAACCCCAAGUUCUCAUCCUUCAUCAUCCAUCAAGAGGGAGCCAAAGAGGACAAGCACGAAGGUGCCGCGACCAUUUCAAUUUCAGACCUGCUUGAGGCUUGCCAGACUGAAAAAGAGGUUCAGAAAGUUAUCAGAGGUAAGGUUGGCCCAGCAUACUCUUCUUGUGUCAUGACUGAUAAAAAUGCAGAAUCUUUCGCCAACCAGCUCCGUACCGUAUUGCAAAUGACUAUGCCCGAUGAAGAUCUCAUGCAAAUGCGACCCAAUGAAAUCGGUCUCGACUCCCUCGUCUCUGUCGACAUCCGCUCUUGGUUUCUCAAGAGCUUUCAGGUCAGUAUCCCGGUCCUCAAGAUCAUGGGUAAUGACACCAUGGCAACGUUGGUUCAAUUUGCUGUGGAUAACGUUCCUUCUGAGCUUGUCCCUAGCCUUGAUGAUAGCGAGGAUUCAGCAAGCAGUGAUGGUAGAUCAGUCCAGGAUUCUUCUAUUGCGACAACUCCAACUCAGAGAAGUGCUUCCCCAUCGUACAAGAACAAUAGUGGCUUUGUCGACUGGGACGCGGAAUCUAGACUUCCAGCAGAUAUGCAACAGGUGAUAUCUAUCAGCGUACCGGUAAGGAUGACCUGCUUUCCUAACUUGUGUUUCCCCCAAACGGAUUAUCGAUAUCUUCGACCACUCCACACACACCCACCUCCUUAAGGUGUAAUGCAUUGCUAACUUUCCUUAUCUAGGCUCCUACAUUACCUCCCAAGGUAAUCCUAUUAACAGGUGUCAGUGGUCUGCUAGGUCACCAUCUCCUGAACUACUUCGUAAAGAAUACCCCAGCCACCAAGGUGAUCUGUGUAGCAGUCCGAAAGCUCGAAGAGCGACUUCGUACCGGUAAACUGCCUCCCCGCAGCAGCGCUAUCGAGUACUAUGAAGGGAGCCUCGACCAACCCCUCCUCGGGCUGUCAGAAACCGAGGCAGCGGCAAUAUUCGCCGAAGUUGACGUAGUAGUCCACAACGGUGCCGAUACUUCGCAUCUGAAAUACUACCGUGAUAUCAAGCCUUCCAACGUUGGGUCAACCGUUACGUUGGCACGUUUGUGCGUGCCGCGCAGAAUCCCAAUGCAUUACGUCUCAUCAGUCGGCGUCGCUCUAUUCUCGAACAUGAAGGCCUUCCCCGAAAUCUCAGUAAUGACUCCAGGAUCGACAUCUCCACCAGCGGAUGGUGCUCAUGGCUACAUGUCCUCGAAGUACGUCAACGAGCGAUUCCUCGAAGCAGUCAAUGCCAAGUACGGUCUCCGCAUCUGUAUCCAUCGACCUUCCACUAUCGUCCGCGAAGGCGAGGACGCCCAAGGAGCCAAGGCUGAGCUAGAUUGGGUAAACGCUCUGAUACACUACGCAAAGCAGAUCAAGGCCGCUCCAAAGAUGGAAUAUAAUAAGGGAGCUCUGGAUCUAGUGUACACAGAGAGUUGCUGUGUUGAUAUUGCCAAGCACGUCUUCAAUACCAACCCCAAGCCAGUCGCUUACUCCCAUCAAGUCGGCGAUGAGAUCAUCCAAUUGGGUAGUCUACAAGACAUUGGCCUGAAGACGGGAAGUGCUUUUGAGGUGCUUCCUAUGGCCGAGUGGUGUAAGAAGGCAAUCACGGCUGGUAUGCACCCGGCGGUUGCGGCUGUCAUUGAGGCGAUGGAUGAGCGUGGCCUUCCUGAAUACCCAGGGCUCUUAAAGGCAAAACAAUUUUAA